AUGAAGGACCCACUUCGCAUGUCCGUGUGCUGCCGCGUGGCCCAGCCGCACCUUCUUCUCAAGGCCCUCGCUGUUCUCACUAUGGCGAAGGACUCGUGGGCGACUGUGGCCUUUACCGAAAGUGUUGUUGUGCUGCACGUUGAGGGGACGGACCAGAGCAUCACUGCCACCGCCACCCUCCCCCAGGCGCUGUUCGCCGAGUACUCGGCGAAGGAUGCGCGUUUCUCGGUGCACCUCGUCACUCUGCGCGACGCGCUGCUGCUCGGUGGACCCGCCCUGUUGGCUCCUGGCGGUCUGGCGCGCGUUGUUUUGGCGUACCCGAUGGACGACGCCAGACUGCUCGUUGAGCUGACGGACGGGGACCGCACCCUGCAGUCGACCCUCGUCACGCGCCCGGUGAAGGAGCGGUUGCUGGACCUCCGCUUCGGAGAGGCCCGCGUGACGAAUGAAAUGGCGCUGCUGGGCGACGCGGCGCGCGAUGCCAUCGAGGACCUGGUCGCGGCGCAGUGCCCCCAAGCGGUGGUUGUGCUGGACCCCAAAGACGGCGUGACGCUCCGCGGCGAGGGCGGCCCGUACGGCGCGGUGACGGUGCAGUUGCAACGUUCCUCGGAGGUGGUCCUGUCGGCGCUCGGCGGGGGCACGCGCGCCCGCACCCGCGUCCUGCGUUCGCACCUUGCGCUUGCGUGCGGGGUGCGCCCAGGCGCCAAAUUGUGGCGCGCGGCAGGUGCGGUGGCGGACUCCGCGCCGGGGCUGCAAGGGGCUUCCUGCGGUGCCGCACAACCGACAUUUGGUGGGUUCGAGCGGCUUCUGUUCCAGCUGAACGAGGAGCGCCAGCUGAGCGUGGUGCACGUGCCGCGGGAUCAGGGGGUUCCCGUGACGGUGACUGUUGUCGUGUCCCCUCUUUGUGACUUGUACGACGAGUGA